CCCUAACGCUGUGGAGUCUCCUGCCUGCUCUGCUUCACCACAGCCUUGCAAGGUGCCUUGCCAAACCAUGGCUAGCCAGCACGACGAGACUGGGAAGGAUGGGUGUUUUGCCAGUGAAGAUUUGGCUGCCGAAGCCAUGGCCGCAGACAUGGAUUCCUGGGUGGUCUUUGACGCCCGCAAGACCCCCAAAGCUGAAUUUGAGGAAUGGCUCCAGACCUACCAGCCAUCCCGCGUCUCUCGCUAUGGAAACCCGGAGUGCAACACCGAGCCGGUGGGCUGGAUUGCCAUCUACAGCCCCAGCUUCUCUCCAGAAGCUGGCGAUGUCGUAGGGCUACAGGAGGACUGGGAACACUUACAGCUGAGUGGGCGCCACGUGACUUUCGAGUCGAUCAAGGAACUGGCCCUUAACCGGCGGGUCCUAACCGGGAAGUGGCUGAUGCACCUGGACAGCGGCUUCAAAGUGGACCACGCCUGGUGUGGCAUCGCCCGGGCAGUCCUGGAAGGGCGAAUCGGGGUGGCCAAAGUCAGCCCCUGCUGCCCCGACUCGGACCGCAAACACGUGAUCUGCGUGUACACAGACGAUUUCACCAACGAAGAGCAAGUACUGGUGGCCGAUUCCGUGAUCCGGGCCACGGGGGUCAAGUGCCUCUUAUCCUACAAGCCUGAUGCUUACACCUACCUGGGCAUCUACCGCGACAACCGCUGGCAUCUCUGCCCCACCAUUUACGAAAGCAGGUUUGACCUGGAAUGCGUCCCCCGGCGCUCACGUAUCACGAACAAGGUGAGCAACAGCGAAGUGACUUAAAAGUCCCGUUCUUGAGCGUGUUAACGCUCCCACACUUAAGGCUGGGGACCACACAAUCCCACUGUGCAAUGUUGACUCUCUUUUUCUCAGAAGUGGUAGAUUUGCCCAACCGCAGGCGGGCUGGAUCAAAGCUUGCAUCGAUGGGAUUUCUGCCUCCAUCACGGGGCUGUUAGUUCCGGCCGAGAAGCUUGAAACAAAAGUUUCUGACAACUACACGAGUGGACCUCUGCAUUUACCAUUUGAACCGCCAAACUGUGUGCGCGGCACAACCUUGUGCGAGCUGAUCGGCUUCGAAGCUUGUCUUUUUAUGGCAGAAGGAGCCCAACAGAUAAUCCCUACCAAUCUUUUCCUGCAGAAUGGCUGGCCAGCAGU